GUUCAAUUCUCUGUUGACAUUCCAUUUGCCCACCUGAAAUAUCACCUCGUGCAGCACUGUCAAUCAAAAGCUAUAGAAUGCCUUUUACUGAGUCCCAAAUACCCUUCACAGCACAGCACUAUUUGGAGUGUGGCAUUGAAGACUGUGAGAGGAACUGCCAGUUAUACUGCAAUGACUGUCACCAACCAAUGUGUGACCAAUGCAGGGAUGAACAUCAGAGAAGUCCAAAAACCAAGAACCAUGAGGUAGUGCUUUUCAUGCAACACAAACGACGACUUCCUGAGGAGAAAUGCAGGGAUCAUCCAACAAAGGAUAUUAACAUUUUCUGUGACAAAUGCAGUGUGCCUCUGUGCUCCAAAUGUUCCACAAUGUCAGCUCACAAGGGACAUUACUUUACCGACUUGGAGACAAUUUAUACAGAAAAAUCUGCAGCAUGUAGAGAGGAAAUCCCUAAAAUUCAAGAGCACUUCAUGCCAACUGCAAAGGAGUUGCAAAAGGAUAUUGAAAUAGAGGCAACAGAAAUUAAGAAGAUCAUGGAUGCCAUAAGAUCAUCCAUGAGGGAUGAAGCCAAGUCUCUCAAAUCAUUGGUGGACGAAGUGACAUCAUACAAUAUAGAACAAGUUAAUGAAAUGGAAAAAUCAUUAAGGGAGAUUCUUCAAAAUCAAGACAAAACCUACCAAGAUUACAUCUCUUAUCUUGAGGACCUUACCAAAAAGUUACAUGGAUACCUUAACUCUACCCAACUUCUAAAUAAUCCCAUCCUCUCUUCAAUUUCUGAACACCUUAAAACCCCACCCAUACCAGAGACAACCAAACCAGUCCUUCCAGAAUUUACUCCUGCUCAAUUCAGCAAGAAGGAUGUUGUGAAACUUCUUGGUAAAAUAACUGUCCCCAACACUAAACCAGAGAACAGAAAAAUAAAAUCCACGCUAACUGCUUUAACGCAUUCAAAACCCAUAUUGAAACAAAAGAAGCCAGACUCUCUGUCUUCGUCUGUCACCAAGGUCCGGGGGUACACAGUUCCAGGUGUUGAAGGUGUACAUCAUGUUUCAGUAGGUAAAUCGGACAGACUCUGGGUUAGUGAUGAUAAAGGUAACCUUAUCCAGUUAGAUCUACAGGGUAAUCAGCUACAGAAGAUACAAACUAAUGGUGGAUCUGCAGGCUACCACACAGUCACACAGGACGAGGAUCUGAUCUAUACAGACCAAAUCAAAAACAUUAUUAAUAGGAUAACUCCAGGCAAAACAAUCACUGAAUUCAUCGAAACAAAAAAGUGGAUGCCACUUUGCGUACACUCCUCCCACAUCAAUGGGGACAUACUGGUGGGCACGGUGUAUGGUAAUGAGGGUAAAGUCGUCAGGUACAGCAAGACCUGGAAAGAACUACAGAACAUACAGGGGGACAACGAGAGACAGGGACUGUAUAGGAUGCCAAAAUACAUCACAGAAAACAUUAACGGUGAUAUCUGUAUAUCAGAUUUACUCAAAGAAGCUUUGGUGGUAGUGAAUAAAUCAGGACAACACAGGUUCACGUACACAGGCCAGGGAUCAACGUUUUAUCCCAAGGGAGUGUGUACUGAUCUCCUGGGCCACAUCAUUGUGUGUGAUUAUAACAGUAACAACGUUGAUCUCCUGAAUCAGGACGGUCAGUUUUUGUGUCUACUACUUACAAAACAUCAAGGGGUGUGGUCCCCAUAUAGUGUGUGUGUGGAUGACGAGAACAAUCUUCUUGUUGGGGAUUAUCACACCAACAAAGUGACGGUGUACAAGUAUCUUCAGUGAUGAUACAAUGUUACAUGUUGGGGAUCAUCACACCAACAAAUUGACAAUGAACUUCUAUUUACAUGUAUGUAUUAGAAUGCUCUAGACUAAAUGACUUUAAAUACAUACAAAAUCUUAAGAUCUCAUGCAUGGUAUUCUUACACUUACUUAAACAAUAAAAUGCUUUCUUUGGUGAUUCUUGCAGGAUGUGAAGGUGGUCACAUUGCAGAAAAAAUGCAUAACCCGCUUUAACUGGAAUGAUCGCUACCAUCACAAUCCGCAUGAAUCGUCAAAGAAAACAUUUUUUGUUCAUAAUUAAAUUCAAUUGUUAAAAGUAAGUAAAAUUCAUUAAAUUACUCUUAUGUACAUCAGUAUGUUAGCUGAAAAAGAAACCAGCCAACUCGUCUCCUAUUGGAAUUUGAGUCUGACAGCAUCAUGAUUACUUUAUAAUAUUUCGUGCAGUAUGUGAUUUUUGUUCGAUCACUUUAUAUUAUGUUUUGACUGAUCAAUAAACGGGGCGUGUAGAUUUCAGUCUAGAUGUUUCGGUAGCGCUAUGAAUUAACACUAGUUUUCCGUAAGAAAUAGAGGGAGUUACACUCGGUAGAUGUAAAUACAUGUGUGUCAUAAUGGGCUUCCAGUGUUAUUUUUUUAUAAUGCAGAAAAAAAACUAAAAUAGAUCUAUAUGUGGUAGAGAUAACUGCUACUUGAUAUGUUGGUGUAGUAGCAGAAACAUAUUAUUUCUAUUGUCACAUCAUUUACCUAUUUAUUAUAAAUUAUUAAAAGGUCAAGAUCUAGUAAAUGAUUCCAGAGUGUGACAUUUUGGUGCUAGGACCAUUAUGACGUCAUAAUUGAUUUGAUGAAUCUUUUCCUUAUUUUAGGAAUAUAUGUGAAAAAUAAAACAAUAUUUUGACAUUCUAUAUUUAAUCACUGGAAAAGUAAUCCCAGUACUCAUAUUCAAUUUAACAUGAUUUUAAAAAGGAGGUCAAGAGCUUGUUUAAUGCCGUUUUUGGAGAGACUGAUUUGAUUUGAACAUAUUUUAUUAUGCAAAUAUACAUUUACAUAAAUGGAUUAGGCAGAAGAACUUACGACUUACGACUAAAUCAAUGAAUGCUAAUUAAUCCCUAACUAAUUAAUGUUUUAUUCUAAUGGCUGUAGAAUAUAAUUAUGGAAAAUAAAAUAGUUGUAAAUAAAUGGUUUUUGUUAAUUUUUUUUUAAUUAAAGACCAUUCUAUGAGACUGAAAAUAUUUACGACUUUGUCGUAAAUUCUUUUGUAAAACACAGUCCAGGCAAUGCCUAUGUAGGCCUUCUCCAUAAGUUUUUGGAGAGACUGUAAGCAUUCUAGAUAUAUUUCAUUAGUCAAAAAUGGACAAAACUCUGAGGUUUGUUAUUUUUAUCCUUCAUAUUUCAUAGAAAAUGGUUGUCUAAAACAUGAUUUUUCAUUAUGUUUACCGAAUAUUUAAGCCCCGGUACACCCUAUGAAACAAAGAUAUUGUAAUGAAGCAUCAUUAAAAGAAUUUUUAUCUUGAAUUUCAUAAACAUAUAGGCACCUUUCAUUUACUAGAUCUUGAUCUUAAUAAAAAUGAAUAAUUCCUUUCACCAAGAUUGAAUGAAAUUGGCCCAGUGGUUUUGGCGAAAAAGUC